CUCGCCUAUCAUUUCCUUCGGCCUUCAAUUUUCCAGUCGGUGGAUCUCCGUAGAGCCAAUUUUUUCACCUCUCGAAAUCCGUACUAUCGUAAAUCUCUUUGAAGCGAUCGUGCAUGAUUUUUUCAGUUUACCGGAGUAAUUUUGUUGAAUUCUUCCCAAUUUCUUCACCGUAUCUUGUUCGCUGAAGGAUAUUUUGUUUUUGUGGACUAUAACGAUGCAUAGAAGAAGCAGAGGAGGCAGGGAUGAGUUUUUUGAUUUUGGUGAUCCUUUUGCUGGGUUUGGAGGCUUUCCGGGUCAAAGAAGCUUAAUUUCUGGUUUCUUUGGUGGAAGGGAUCCAUUUGAUGAUCCUUUCUUCAGAAAUCCAUUUGGAAGUAUGUUUGAGCCGAGCUUCUUUGGUGGUCCUGGAAUUCCUUUUGCUGCUAACAUGCAACCAUCUGGAUUCCUUGAUCAUCAGGCCCCUGAGCCGAAAAGACCGAGGGGCCCAAUUAUUGAGGAAAUAAAUUCAGAUGAUGAAAAACAAGCAGCAAAAGAGAGUAAAAAUCCAAAGACAAAGAGUUCAUCCAAAAAGCCUCUUAUUGAAGACCCUGAUGAUGAAGAGAAUGGGAACAAACAUUUGCAGCUCAUGGAUCAUCGUAGUGGACCAAAUCACAGGCAUAUGCAGCCUCAAACUAGUAGCUUCACAUUUCAGAGCUCCUCUGUAACUUAUGGAAGCUCGAAUGGGAACUAUUAUACAUCAUCAAGAACAAGGAGGGCAGGGAGUGAUGGUAUCGUCUUUGAAGAAAGCAAGGAGGCUGAUACGGCAACCAGACAAGCAACUCAUAGAGUUUCAAGGGGAAUUCAUAAUAAGGGUCAUUCAGUUAUGAGGAAACUGAAUCCUGAUGGUAAGGUGGAUACCAGGCAAACUUUGCAUAAUCUUGAUGGAGAUGAGCUAGAAAGUUUUGAAAAUGCUUGGGCAAGGAACUCAAGAAGCUUGCCUGGGUGGCCUGGGAGUUCAAACGGCUUUGAUAAUAUUGCUGGUGGCAUUGGCCAAAAUGGUCAAACGAGCAGAGGUGGGUUGGCACUUCCCUCGACUGAUCAGCAUCCUCAAGUGACUGGAAGGAUGACCGUGGAAGGCUGCAACACACCGGAUUCGUCUCGCGCACAGCAUGUGAACAGGAGUAGGAGAGAUGCAAGGUACAGGAGUGCCUAAACUCACAAAAUUAGAAGUAUAAGACUGGAUUUGGAAGUAGCUCCUUGUUGCCUGUUUUGCAAAUCCAUUCUUCCAUUUCAGGUGGAUGUUCUUAUCUGUGUGGAGUUCAUAAUUACUUACUGUCCCUUGCAUAUACAGUGGGAACUAUAUGGUUUCUGUUUGGUGAGUGUUUCAUCACAUCUUUUAACCAUGAUCACCGGUUCUCCUGAUAUGAAUAUGUGAUUCGAUGAAACUGAGUGGUUUUAUUAGAAAAAAUGCCAUUUUAGAGAAAAGAUUGAAUUAAGAGACUGUCUAUAUUUA